AUGCUAUGUCUGAGAUAUUUUAUUCCCAUGCUUCUGGUUGCUAAUGCAGCACCAUACGUAUUUUAUCCAGUGUUCAUAUUAGCUACAAUUGCUCGAAAAUAUCCUUGCCCUUACUGUAUGAUUAUUUUGGCUAUUUUAGUCAAUACGAGAAGUCUGUGGAGUGACUCGCCUUUUUUUACAUUUAGUCAAUACAUGUUUGACCCAAAGCCUUUUCCCAAAGAAUUCAGCGAAGCUGGCUACAGGUUGAUACGAUUUUCUUGGUUACAAUGGAUUUCUGGUAUACGUACGUUUCAUAUUCCUUGGCUGGAUGUUACUGUUAAGAUGUAA